AUGUGGGGCGAGAGCGGCGCGGGGAGAAGCCCGCAGUGCGGGGCCUGGCGGGCGCAGCCAAUGGGGAGCGCGGACGGCGGCGCGCGCGGCGGGGGGGCGGGGGCGGGGCGCUAUUUUAGCGGGGGCCGCGCGUCCACCGCUCUCAGCGGCAGAACGGAGCGGAGCUGGCGGACCGCGGCGGGGAGUUAUCGGCCCCUGGCUGCGGGAGCCGGAGACCGCGGCGGCGGCGGCUGCUGCUGCUGCUGGAGGAGCCCAGGGGACACCACCCCUGCCUGCGCUCUGCCUCGGGCCAUCGCUGCUCCCCAGGGGCCCGUGCGGACUCGCCUCGGUGAAGGUGAGCUGUGGGUGGGGGCGUCCCCCGUGUGGCGGACCUGUGCCGGUCGCGUGCCGCUCCAUGCGCCCCGGCCUCGCCGCGGUGGCCCUGCGGCUUCUAUAGCUGGCUCCAAGGCCUGUAACAGGGCUGGCCCAGCAGUCCUCCGCGUUGACGGUCCGGGCAGCACCGCGCGCCCCCGCCGCCCCUCCCUCCCGGCGCAGCCCGGUCUGCGCCACUCUCUGCCCGGGCCACCCUCGUGGUGCUGCUGGAGGCCUGGGCUGCGGAGCUGCCGCUGCCCCCGCCCCCGCCCCCCGGGAGUCUCCCGGCGCUGCGUGGAGGCCCCUAGUAUCAGGGGCCGGGGAAGAGGGGGUGGAGAGGGCUCGGGCGUGACGCGGCUCCUCCUGCCGCCACCGCCACCCUCUGGGGCGUCCUUCCUGCAGCUAGGACGCCCAGUCACUCCAGCGCUGUUCCAGGCCGGGCGGGGGAGGGCGGCCGACCGGCCGGGGCCGGAGAUGGAGGGGGGAGGAUGCUUCCUCGUUCCCCAGGUGCUGCCCUUCGGGACCGCAACGCUCUGGGGGAUGGGAUGAUGGAGGGAUACGGCCCCCUGGAGAGCCCAAAGGGGGAAGUAGCAGUAGUAGGGUGGCUUUUAAUUACCGUAACAAAGUUGCUCCUUUGGACUUUGGGAAAGAGGCAGUGGAGCAGGUGAGCUUGCAGGCAAAAUGGUGCCAAUUUCAUACUUUCACUCUGCUGUCUAACCAGGCCCCACCCCCACCCCUGGGUUUGUAAACAGUGCCCCCUUCUGAGUGGUAACCUGGAAUAGGCCACCAGGUGACACUAGUUUUUCUUCA